AUGGAGGGCCAUCUGGAGGUAUCGCCAGGCCGCUCGACCAGCAGCACGGCACCCUUUCCUCAUCGUGAUGGAGGUCUUCUGCAGGAUUCAGCAACGUUUCCCGAGAUGAAGGAUGAGGACGAACCUCAGCCGGGUGUCGUCUUGAAGCUGGCCGAGGUGACGGGCUGUGAUCUCGACACCUGUUGUGCUGCCCUCGUUGCAUGCCAGAGCCUCACCCGUCGCAGAUGCGGCACGCGUGGCCACAACACAACCUCAGAUCCUUGCCUUGCCAAGGCGAUAACAACUUCCAUGCAGCCCUGGACCAGCUGCGCAGCGUUCCCGGUGCUGAGGCUGGAGAGUCGCUUGCUGCUCUAG